GACGCUGUUUAUUGUUGUGUUAACCCAGUUUACUGUAGCUGCUGCUGCUGCUCUGUCUCUCUGUCUGUGAUAACUAUCAGAUAAUACACGUUGCAGUGAUGUAGCAGACAGAAGAAGGACUCCACCUCGCUGUGACCAGCUAACGUUAGCUAGAGUUAAUGUUACAGUUAGUCUGUCUGCUGUUAAACUACCAGACUACCGUUUGUUAAGCAGCUAGCAGCUAGCAGCUAGCUGUGUUGUUGUCCACUGCAGCAGGCUCCUCUUCAUGCUGUUGUUGUUGUUGCUGCCAGCUGUCCAGCUAUAAGAUGUGGCAGAGUGUGGGUCUCACUCUGCUGGUCAUUGUGGCCACACUGGUCUGUGCUCUGGUCUUCAUGCUGUUUGGUUGGUAUGUAGUCUGGCAGCUCUUCCUGUCCAAGUUCAAGUUCCUGCGUGAACUUGUCGGGGACGCCAGCACCCCGCAGGCCGAACCGCAGCCGUCCGAAACCAAGAGCGAACGCGCGGCGAACGCCCCGACGCGAAAUCGGCCCAGGACCGCACGCCAAAGAGUCACCUCUCCAGAAAGCACCUCAUAGAUCAUCCAGACAGCCACCGUGCAUCUCCUCAUCAUGACCCCAUCUCUCCUCACCGUGACCGCUCGUCAGCCCUCUACAAACGUCACGUGUGACAAUCAGAGGUGUUCCCCACCGACCCCUGCGCUCUACACUACACAAGAAGCUUGUGGACACUCAGUAGUCAGCCCUCCUCUUCACCAAGACACUUUAAACUGACCAGGCAGAUCUCCUGGGUUCAAAGGGAAAAGCCAUUACUGUCCAUUUCUGUGUGUCACCUGUUCAUAUGUUUAAUUAUGUACCUGAGCAGCCAGUCUGGGGCUCCACUCAUUGCAAUAGUGACGGCCAGCUUUCACGAGCGGCCACGCUGCUUCCUGCCACACACCCGGAGUAUAAAGAUACUCCGUCACACAAAGAGACGUGUUAGUUCUCUUUAACGUACAUCUUUUAAUCUCGUGUUUUUAACAGAAUGAAGUCCUGCUCUGAACAAAGUAGGAAGAUAAAUGUUAAAAGUGAGCUCGUCUGCGUCAUUUCAACAAGAACAACUGAAGAUAAACUGAUUUGUACAACUGACAAUUUUCUUUUCUUUUAACAAAGUGCAAUGAAAGGAAUGUUUUACGCUGUCGUGUUGUUUGUUUCUUGCACAGUAUACUCUGCGUAUUAUGGACAACCAUCCACGAGUUGGAAACUGUCUCACCCAGUAGAUAUAACGCCCAAAGCCUCAAAGAUGAAGAUGACAAAUAACUUCAUUCCAAGUUGUGUGAAAUGUGACCUUUUUCUUGCAACUUCUCCUUUUUUUUUUUUUUAAAUAGAUUUCUACUUGAAGAGUCAGGAGAAAGUUUCAAGGAAAUGUAUACGUUCAUGAUUAGCUCAUCUGUAGGAGCAAUGAAACAAGGCUUCAUGCUGAACCCUCUCCCGUUCCCUGUGCCUGCUUCGGUCUGCACCAGUGCCUGUCUAGAUGGCAUCCGCUGUUUGUCACACGGCCUCCUCUUUUUGUACCGCCGACAGUAGCUUGGUUUCCAUUUACAGGGCAAAUCAUAGCUGGCCUAAUCAAUAUUUAUGUGGUAUUCUCCCUCCAGGUAAAACUAGUGUAACUCUUGCACCUUUUUAUCAGCAGUGAUUUCUUUUCUUCUUCAGCGGAGCAGUAGCUUCAAAUAAAUAAUGCCAUAAAUAUAAUGAGCGA